AUUUAUAUGAUACAAAAGAAUUAUGCUGUGCUACAAAGAAAGAUUACUUAAAAAUUAAUGAUACGUAGAAUCUCAAUGUUAUUGUCAAAGUUACGUCUUUUUCUAGACGUAUUUGUAUAUGGGCAACUUUAAUGAGAGGAUACGUUAAAAAAGAUGCGACAAAUAGAUGAUAAAAUAAUUUACAUGCUGAACACUACAAUUCCUACUGAAUCCUUCAAAGGUCAAGUGGAUCCUACCACGCAGUGUAAAGACUUGUUCCAGCAAAUAGAAUCUGAGCACAAACAGAGGACACAAGCGAUUACAAGAUGCGUGGACAUUACUAAGCAAAGAGUAAUGCAGUUAAAAAAUUUGAGAGAGAAUGGUGAUGAAAAUCCGACGUUAAUAAAAAAUUUGAGAAAUGAACAGACCAAAUUAAGACUGUUAUGGUCUGAGCUUAAUAUAGAGGAAGUUAUAAAAAAACGUACAAUACAAGUGUAUUACGAGAGGUGCCGUGGAUUCUACAAACCAUUACACGUAGACACAUAGAAUUUCCGAAUAAUCUGAAGAUUGACACAUGAUUAUUUGAAUGCUAUUAUUGAAUUGUUACAAUAUAAUUAUAUAUAUAGUAAUUUUGUAAACUGACUGAAGUUCGUCUCUUAAAUCAUUGUUAUUUUGUGAUGAUGUACAAUAUAUAUUGAUUCUCUUGUAAGAAUUUAUUGUAAUUGUUCAUUAUAUACAAGGAUAAUUACACAGAUUACAGAUUAUAUAUUUAAAUAUUAUAGCAAUCAGAAUGCUUACUAAAUUUAAUGAGAAUCGGACAUUUCAUUACAUACAUAUAUCAACGAUCUAAAUGUAAAUAAAAUACAUAAUUUUACAAUAGAUACUUGUACAUACAUAGAAUGUAUUUUAUUACCGCUUUGUUACUACGAAAGAUUUGGAAGAACAGCCUUAUAUAUUACAAAUACAAAUUAUUAGAACGAUCAAAAAUUAAAUGUUUGUUAUAUAAUAUCUUUAUUAUUGUUAAAAAAUAUCAUGUGGAAAUCUCAUUUUUAAAUAAUAACUAAUC